GCGUCUCAGCCGGCUCAGCUUUCUGUGCCAGCUCUCAGCUGUGCCUUGCAGCUCAGCCGCGGCGGCUCCGAUUCGGAGCGAGCGUUCCCGGCUCUCCUCAGCUUUUCCUGUGGCCUCGGAGUGGUUUGGGCGCUUUGCGCCGCUUGUUUUGCGCGGGGCUUACGGGUUGGUGGGAGGGAAGGUUUGGAGCGAGCGUUCCCGGCUCCCCCGCAGCUUUUCCUGCGGCCUCGGAGCCGUUUGGGCGCUUGGCGCCGUUUACUUUGGAAGGGCUCCCUUCCUUGCGAGUUUCUCCCGCGGCGGCCUGCGGUGGGGGGGUGGGGGUUUGCCAGCCUCACUGGCCUGAUAGCUAUCCCCCCCCUUACGUAUCUUUGUGGCCUCCAUUGUAGGCUGCUCCAGGAGCAGUUUGGGUAUUGUUACCCUCCCCCCCACUCCUUUUUUGCCAGUUUGGGGGAAGCUCGUACGUGCAUCCAGUGGGCAGGGGUAGGACCUAUUGGGUGUAAGAAGUUUGGUGCUUCACUUUUCACGGGGGCUUGCUGGUUGUCCUGCAAGCAGGUAUUAAUCUCAGGCUUGGUUUGCUUUGCCACCUUAUAUUUGGGAACAGGAUGGCUUCCAGAAAGGGGAAGGGGCCAGCUAAAGGCAAGCAGCCUGCUAAGAAACAGCCUGCUAAACGCCCUCCCCCUGCAGUGUCAUCAUCAGAUGAUGAAGACGAUGUUAGUUUUCAUGCCGCAAUUUUGAAGCGCCUGGAAGCUCUGGAAAGGGGCAAGGGGGCGCCUGUCACGGCUGGUUCCUCCACUGAGCGCAGUAGACCAGUUAGAGCUGCUUCUAAAGCUGCGUUUAGGAGGGAAAUUUUGACUCGUUUGUCUGCUCUUGAGUCCAAGGCAGGUUCGGCGGAAGCUGGGCCAGCAACUGCAAGGGAACUCCCUGCGGAGGAGGACGUCGUAGCUUGUGAUCCUGAACCUGAAGGACAGGUGGAUGCCGGUCAAGUGGCAGUGGCAGUGGAGCCUAGUGGUCCUGAUGAUGGAUCGCUUCAGGCAUCUUGCUCCGGGGGCCGACAGCUUUCCCUCCAGAAUGCCAAUGGGACUGUGGCGCCUUGGCAAGUGGAAGUGAACAGAGCUAUUCAGAUGGCUAUUGCUCCCAGCACUCGUCGAGCGUAUGAACGAGCGGUAGGAAUGUUCCAGGAAUUUAGGGAGGGGGUUGGGCUGAAGCAGGUGUGGCCCAUCCCUGCUGUGCACCUCCUGCAGUUUUGUGUAGCUCAGAGGGCUCGUGGUUUGGCGGUGAAGACUAUUAGGGGCCAAUUGGCUGCGCUGGCAUUCGCCAGCAAAGCGCGUGGCUUGCCCGACUCCACGGGCGAUUUUCGAAUCCGAAAGAUGCUUGAGGGUUGGUCUAGAGAGUCAGGGGUUGUUAGAGAUUUGAGACAGCCUAUUUCCCCAGCUAUUUUGAGAGGCCUUGGGUCACGGUGGGGGGAGAUAUGUAGUUCCGGUUAUGAGUGCCAGCUCUUUCAUGCCACCUCCCUUACGGCAUUCUUUGGUGCCCUGAGGGUGAGUGAACUGGUGGUUCAGUCACAGCGGGAUUCUUCAGGGCAGGCUUUAUCGGCUUGUGAUAUUCAGUUCGUGGGCAGUAAAGUCCUGAUUAGGAUUAGGAAAUCUAAGACGGAUCAGAAGCAAGCUGGUUCCGUGUUGACUUUGGGUCCUUGUGAGGAUAAGGCGUUAUGCCCUGUCCGGGCACUUCGUUCCUAUGUUAAGGUUAGAGGCGAGGAUGAAGGAGUGUUGUUUCGGCACGAUGAUCGCUCUCCAUUAACUCGCUACCAAUUUUGGGCAGUGACGGAUAGAGCGUUGCGCCAGCUGGGGUUGGUGGGUGUCAAAUUCGGCACUCAUUCAUUCCGAAUAGGGGCUGCAUCUACUGCAGCGGCCAUGGGGUAUGCUGACAGGACCAUUCAGAAGGUGGGCAGAUGGAAGUCAUCUGCUUAUCGGUCUUAUAUUCGUCCUUUACCAUUGCUCUAGUUCAUGCAGUUUGAUUUUUUCCAGGUGCAGCGAGCAACCGUGAGAGGAAGCGGAUUCUUAUAGCUGGCCACAGUAUGGUGUUCUGGGCUGCAGUGCAAGCCAGACGGACCCCGAUUGGAGCUCAGCUCGGGUUGAGCGAAGAUGCCUCCAUUGAAUGGUUGGGUCGGCGUGGCCUUCGGUGGUCGGGGUUGCUGCAUCUUUUGUUUGGAGGAAGGACGGGUCCUCCCCCCCAUAUCUUGGUCUUGCACGUGGGUGGCAAUGACCUGGGUUUACUGAAAGGGAGAGCCCUGUCACUACAAGUGAUUGCUGAUCUGCGAGUGAUCAAGAGCCAUUGGCCUGAUGUCUACAUAUUUUGGUCUGAGAUGCUCCCCCGUCGUAAAUGGAGGGAGUAUCUUGACCCUAGGGGUAUGGCUCGGGCUAGGCGCAGGGCUAAUAGGGCCAUUCAAAAGGCUUUGGUUACAGGGCUAGGCAUUUAUCUUCCUCACCCUCGCAUUAAGGCCGCGAAUGCCGCCCUUUACAGGGCUGAUGGGGUUCAUUUGUCCCCGUCUGGCAAUGACAUCUUCUUAGACGACCUGCGGCUCGGGCUCAGGUUGGCACUAGGCCACCUGUGGGGUGCGAGGGCCUAAGCUGAGGCUUGGCCUUUCGCGUUGGCAGGAGAAGUUGGGAAAUAGGGAGCGGGCUGGUGAGCACCCCUUUGGCAAUUCCCCAUCGGUGGGGAAAGGGGUCUCUCAGGAGGGAUGGUAUGCUUCAUGGCUACCACCACCUGUGCAGACUGCCUCCAGGGAA